AUGACGGACAAGGCGGUAUCAGCCGAGAUAUCCAUACUAACGAACGUCACCGAUAAUCAAGCUCAGUACAGAUGCGAGGCAACCAACAGCGCCACUGAAAUUCCUCUCUUCGAAACUGUCACCUUGAAUGUUCACUUUGCACCAGAAGCAGUAAAAGUAAGAGCUGAACCAGCAGAAUUAAAACCAGGAAUCGAAGCGACCCUUUUCUGUGACGCUGCAUCAAGUAAUCCGCCCGCAACGUUAUCUUGGUGGCGAGAUGGAAUACCCGUCCAAGGUCUUCCCAUGCAGUUAAAGAAAGGUCUCCACGGUGGGACUGUAUCAACAAUUGAAUUAAAAUUAAACAUAACUAAGGAUCUCAAUGGAGCGGUCUACACGUGUCAAGCGAUGAACGAGGCUUUACAAAGAAGCGUCCACGACGCUUUGACUUUGAAAGUUCUUUAUGCACCAAUUUUCGACGAGGCAACGCUGUAUUCGACAGUUGGAGUGGAAAAUGAGCCUCUUGUUAUUGUGCUCCGAGCCGAUGGCAACCCUGGAAGCAUCACAUAUACAUGGACUAAAGACGGCUUGCCUAUCACGCAGUCUUCGUAUAGCAGUUCAAACGACAGAAUAAUAUCGGAGGGCAGCAUGUUGAAUAUGACGCGCCUGUCGCGACACGACGCCGGCGUUUACACAUGCGAGGCAGUUAACUCGCAAGGAGCGGCCACAGUUAACAUAACCGUUUCGGUUCAUUAUCCAGCAGAUAUAAAAAGUGUAUCACAAAUCGGAAUAGCAGAUCCCAAUGAAGACGCUUUAUUGGCAUGUACGGCUACUGGCAACCCGCUAACAGCCGAACACAUCCGUUGGGAACGAAAAGGAUACGACAUCGAUCCGAAAACCGUCACUUUCGAUCCGAAGAAUCAAACUAGCUAUCUAGUUGUUGAGCGAGCCACUAGAGAAGACGUUGGAAUGUUUCAAUGUAUUGUUAAUAAUGGUAUAGGCGGUGAGAUCAGACAAGAUACGAUGCUUGUGGUCAAAUUUAAACCUGAAAUGGACACGUCGCCUAGUUUGAUGAAAUCUGCUUCAAAUGUUGGUGAAGUUGGUAGAUUAACGUGCAGAUCCAAAGCUGCACCGGCACCAAAUUUCACGUGGUCCAAAAACGGCGCUAAGCUCCCUGUGAAUACUUCGACCAAAUACUUCGCUGAAUAUCACAAAUCCGAUCCCAUCACCUACACGUCGAUAUUGUUAAUCAGUGACGUCACAUCUUCUGACUACGGAUCUUACGAAUGCGGGGCAAGGAACGAUUUGGGAUUUAGUACAACUUCAGUGAAACUAGAUAUAACUAGUGCUCCAGAUUUAGUUUCAUCAUUGACAGUUACUAAUGUAACUCACAAUUCGGUGACUUUGUCCUGGGUGCCCGGAUUUGACGGUGGAUUACCUUCGUGGUUCAGAAUACGUUAUCGAAAAAUAUACGACGAGACUUACAAAUACGAAGAUGUCUCUCCGAAGAAUGCAACUUCAUACACCGUCAAUGGCCUUGAAAGAAACACAGACUAUGUUUUCUCAGUUAUGGCUGUUAACAAAAUAGGUCAAAGUAAAUAUAGACCUGACGAUACAAAGGCUACGACACUUACUUCAUCAGAAGUAGGAGAAUUAAACGUAGUGUCAACAGAGUAUGUAGAGACGUCAGACAUAUCGAAAUCUGUCACCUUGUAUGUUUGUGUAACUGGCGCUGUAUUGGUUUUGAUAAACGCUGCUUUAGUUGCUUGUUUUGUUUUGAAAAGACGUGCGAGGCGAUUGAAAGAACAAGCUGGACAAUCAUCAAAAUCGGCAACUAUAGAAAUGUACGCACCGUCAUCAUACAAUGACACCAUGACUGGGGAAACACUUAGUUCUGUAUCAGAGAAAUCCGAAACGUAUUCUCAAGAUGAAGGUGUUGAUGACAGGCAACCACCACCAAUACCUGAAGUACCAUCGAUGGCUAAUCGACACAUGUUGAAUCAGACGGAGACGUACCUGGUGGAGGACGGCGGGCUGCUGCCGCCGCCGCUGGACUACCCGCCGCCCAACUACGCGGCGCUCGACGCCGAGCACGCGCGCACGCUGCCGCACCCGCACGCGCACGCGCACCGCCCGCGCGACCAGCAGCACGGCACCCUCGGCCGUACCGGCAAACAGAAUUACGUAGCGGCGCCAAGUCCGAUGCCGCCAUUAGACGGCUCCUAUUACAACAUGGCGUCCGAUAGAUACCUCUCCUACCCGCCGCUAAUUGGGGAGUAUUUACAGCAACAAUCCGGUCGGACUCCAACACCACCGCAACAGUAUGGAGCACAGACGCUCCCGAAAUCACAUUUGAUGAAUGGAGGUGUUCCGGGCGGUUCUCCUUCACACAUGACCAGCCCACCGCUUAGCUACGGAUUGGACGGCUUGGAUAGACAGUCAGCAGGCGGGACGCUAAGACGACAGAGGCUCGACAAGAUGGCUGUUCCUCCACCUGACGUCACAGUGUUACAUCAGGGCAAUUGCAAUCAGCACUCACAAAUGCCACAACCAGCACCGAUCAAGCAGCCGCAGUCAAUUCUCAAGGAUCCGUCGAGGCACAAAUACGUGAACCAAUACGGAAGCCCGAUUUCUUCGAGCACACCACAAAAUAGCAACUCGAGUCAAAUUCUAACGGUGCAGAACUUAACGUCAGACGUACCUCAGUACGGAACGAUAAGGAAGGAGAACAAGAAACAGAAUGUGACGAUAGACGAGUCAUUCAACAAGAGAAGUGAGACCCACGUAGUUUAA